AUGGCACGAGUAGGAGGCGCGGUGACGGUGACCAUCCCGCAGGGCACGCUCAGGGGCCGCAAGGCCAAAACGCCCUCUGGCCGGGCCUACACCGCAUUCCAGGCCAUCCCGUACGCGCUGCCGCCCGUCGGUCCUCUCAGGUUCAAGUCUCCAGAACCACCAGAAAAAUGGAGUGGUAUACGAAACGCCACAGUUGAACCUAAUGUAGCACCUCAAAUGGACGUAUUUUUCGGUAAUCAGUAUAAAGGAGGCGAGGACUGCCUGUACCUAAACGUGUACACACCUAAGCUUCCGACAGGAGCCAGUGCCAAACUGCUUCCAGUCAUGGUGUGGAUUCAUGGAGGUGCAUUUAUGAUGGGCUCUGGAAACACGGAUCUUUACGGACCUGAACACUUACUGGAACACGAUAUUGUGCUGGUGACUCUCAAUUACCGUGUGGGUGUACUAGGUUUCUUAUCAACUGGAGAUGAGGUGAUCCCCGGGAACGUUGGUCUCAAAGAUCAAGUGAUGGCCCUCAAAUGGGUCAAGAGUAACAUAGCCAACUUCGGAGGAGACCCACAGAACGUCACAAUAUUUGGCGAGAGCGCUGGCGCGAUGUCCUGUCAUUUGCUACAAAUCUCUCCUGCAGCUAAAGGUCUAUUCCACAAGGUUAUCUGCCAAAGCGGCGUGGCGUCUUUGGAACUGGUGUCGGCUCCUAUUAAGGACAGGACGUUUCGCCUGGCACAGUCCCUCGGCUUCACGGGGGACAGUUCAGAGGAACUACUGGCCUUCAUGAGAGACCAGCCAGUGCAGAAGCUCGUCGAGAAUGUGCUAAACUGCCUGACCAAAGAGAGCGCGGCGGCGGCUGUACUGUCACCGGCCGAGAUUGUGAGUACGCUCGAGCGCCCGGCAGUGCUCGACUGUCCAACAGAUAACCGAGAGGUGGAGGACAACCGGCCACAUGGUGCAUCAGACGGCCACAGCCGUAUCGCAGCGUGGGCCUUUCCCAGCCGUCGAGCAGCGGCACGAAAUGGGAAAUGCUCGAGCGGUUGUUUUCAUCGAAAUGCCCUGCCAGAACUGACGGAGAACAAGGGAGCUAUGCGGGAGCUCAACACAAACUUCCAGAGGCUGCUGCCUGCUAGCAUCCCAGUCAAGAGGGAGGAACGCAUCACCAUUGCUCGAGACAUCAAGAGGUUCUACUUUGAAAACCAGCCCCUGGAAGAUUCAACCGUAGAAAUGUAUGCUGAUCUGCGCGGCGACCUGGUUUUCGUAUACCCCGCCCUUGUGGCAGCACGAGUGCAGUCUGCAGUCGCCGGGGCACAACCGGUGUAUUUCUAUCAGUUUGACGUCGUCACGAAUCUUAACAUGUUAAAGAAAGUCUUCACCAAAGAAGAUAUUGCCGGGGCCUCUCAUGGCGAUGACAUCCCCUAUUUAUUCUCCGGAGAAAUGUUUAAAGACAUACCUAAAGGACCGGAAACGGUGGAAGGAAAAGCAAUAGCGCGUAUGACCCGCAUGUGGACUAAUUUCGCCACUAAGGGGAAUCCCACACCAGAUCCUGAAGAUCCCAUUUUGUCUGUGACAUGGACUCCAGUCAAGAAAGACAAUCUCUGCUACUUGAACGUGACAAAGGAUGGACUGAGCGUCGAGAAGGAUCUCAUCAAGGAAAGGAUGGAUUUCUGGGACAAGCUCUACAGACUGAGAGCAUGA